GGAGGUGGCGGCGGUGCAGAGAAGCAAAAGAGCCCUUCAGCCCGCGCGCUCACGCUAUGGCUAGCGGCGGCUUUUGCUCUUGGCCAGUACAUUUAUAGCCCGAUCUUCAUUUUUGCAGUCCCGGGACGGGUUAUGUACACCUCAAAUACAGUUAAAACAUAAUAUCUUUCAUCUCCAAAGGCUGUCCUAAAAGGGACCCAGAUGGCAUCUUGUUCUUCAGCAGCAAAGAUUGAAGAUGUUGAAGAAGUGUCCUUACCAACAGAACUGUCUGUGGAGUCUGGCACAGAUGCAAAGCUUCCAUGCACAUUCACAUCAUCAGAGGAGAUUAGCACUGCAACAUCUGUUACUUGGAGCUUUCAGCCAGAGGGAUCAAAUGCUCGUCCCAUAACAUUUUUCUAUUAUUCAGAUGGGAAAGAAUAUAAUGGAAGGAACACACAAUUCAGUGGCCGAAGCACAUGGGCUGGAGAUUUUUACAUGAAAGAUGCAUCCAUCAAGGUAGCAAACAUGCAAACUAUAGACAAUGGCACUUAUUUCUGUGAUGUUAAGAACCCGCCAGACAUAGUUACUGAGCCAGAGCAAGUUGAAGUUAAAGUUUUGGAGAGAGUGAAAAUGUUGAGCCCUGGAAGAGCAGCAGCAACCCCUGGAAUUACCACAACUACAACCACAACCACAAGCUCUGGAAACAUUUCACUGAACAGGGUAUCAUUUUGGCUGUUUGUCCUUCAAUGCUGCUGCAUUUUAGCAUCUUUUCAAAGCUGUUUGUUCUGAAAA